AUGGGCAUAAUAAGUCAAAACAAGUCAAAUAUAGCUAUUGCUGUGUGCGUGACAGCUGUCCUUGGCUUUUCAUUAUUCUAUUACUUCUAUAAGAAGGAAACGGAGAAAAAGCGCAGAAGGGCUAAGGUUAGAAAACGUACGCCAAAAAAACGUAUAGAGUUGAAAGAAAAACGACAGCGUUCUGCAACUGCUUCACGUGUACCAUCUUCGGAAUCCAGCUCGAAAAAAUCGAGAUUCCUUGACUCGAGUAGCUCAUUCUUGACUACUGCCACUGCUCUUUCACUGACGGAUCGAAAAUCACCAAUGCUAUCAGAAGUAAACGAAUUAUAUCCAGAAUUUAGCCCAUUCAAGUUGUUAAUCAGCUGA